UCACGAAUUUCACCGUAUCUGACGGUUUCCGAAAAGGAGUUUAGAGUUCGCUGUGGUUCUCUGCUGAUCAGACGUGUUUUUUCACUUUUUCCAUCUAAAAUGGGUCGAGUAAUUCGAUCUCAGAGGAAAGGAGCUGGAGGAGUCUUUAAAGCGCAUACCAAGCACCGAAAAGGAGCUCCUAAGUUUAGAACAUAUGACUUCGCGGAACGACAGGGAUACAUCCGUGGAGUUGUCAAGGAUAUUAUCCAUGAUCCUGGCCGUGGAGCGCCUUUGGCCGUUGUAGCUUUUCGGGAUCCGUACAAGUACCGUACACGCAAGGAACUUUUCAUCGCAGCCGAAGGAAUGCACACCGGACAAUUCGUUUACUGUGGAAAGAAAGCUUCCAUCCACGUGGGCAAUGUUUUGCCUUUGAGUGCUAUGCCUGAAGGAACUGUCGUAUGCAAUGUGGAGCAUAAGAACGGAGACGGUGGAUCACUGGCUCGUUGCUCCGGAAACUAUGCGACUGUUAUCUCGCAUAAUCCGGAUGCAAAAAUUUCACGGGUGAAGCUUCCAUCGGGCGUCAAGAAAGUCAUCAACUGGACCAAUCGGGCUAUGAUCGGAAUUGUUGCUGGAGGUGGUCGUAUUGAUAAGCCCAUACUUAAAGCUGGACGGUCAUACUUCAAAUACAAGGCUAAGCGUAACUGCUGGCCAUACGUGCGUGGUGUGGCUAUGAAUCCUGUUGACCAUCCUCACGGUGGUGGUAACCAUCAACAUAUCGGAAAAGCCUCCACUGUUCGCCGGGAUACAUCUGCUGGUCGGAAAGUCGGUCUUAUUGCCGCCAGACGGACGGGUCGUAUCCGCGGUGUUAAAGUUAUUGCUGGAACAGGCAAAGAAGAAUAAAUUUUCUUGGUUGAUUCUGAGUGCGCGAUGUUCGUAUAUUCUUAAAAACGUACAAAUAUGAAAUAAAGAGCAGCGAUUUAUUUGGUUG